GCACAGUGAAGCACGAAGUAUGUAUGAAAAGCUUCAAUCUCACCCAAAUGUUCAAGUAAGCAAGAAAGCAAGACAUUUCAUGUUCAGUUUUCAGGCUAUGGAAAUGAUGAAGGUGAGGACAGGUUCUUCAAGUUAUUCGAAGAACACAUUCUAUGAGAGUUAUUUCGAUGCCUUUAUUGAAAAGAAAAUAGACUACACCGUUAAAGUUAAAGAUGAAGUGGUUAAAGAAAGUUCAACGAAUCAGGUUAUUCUGUAUUUUCUUUUUCUAACUUCUCCUAUUUUUGUUGUACUACUUCUUGCAGUACAGAAAAGAUUAUAAAUUUCUUUAUUUUGUCUGUAUAUAAGUCCUUGAAACACAAGAUAUAGAGUGUAUCCAGU